CGCCCACUCAGGGAGGUGUCAGGAGUUGGGUUUCUUCAGUUGAAACAAUCAGGAGGCCUCACUCUUGCCCACUUUCCACGAUGAAACAACACUCAGGGCUUGUAUUUCCUUCCUAGAAACAAUGUGUGGAAAGCGUGGACGUGAUGAAGACUUUUCCCAUGUCAGCCCGGUGGUUAAAUAUGCGCUGUUUCUAUUCAACUUCAUCUUCUGGCUCAUCGCCAUGACAAUGAUCGCUAUUGGCGUUUACGCCCGCGUGGAAAAGCAUGCAGAGACGGCCUUGGCGUGUCUCUCGGUGGACCCCGCCUUGAUGCUGUUGGUCAUUGGCGUCCUCAUGUUCAUCAUCACAUUCUGUGGCUGUGUGGGCUCACUGAGGGAAAACAUUUGUCUGCUGCAGUUUUUCUGCAUCAGUCUGACCAUCAUCUUCUUGCUCCAACUGGUUGCAGGUGUGCUUGGAUUCGUCUUCUCAGAUAAGGCGCGCAACAAAGUCACCAAAAUAGUGACCAACGCCAUCGUGCACUACAGAGAGGACAUCGACCUGCAGAACCUCAUCGACUUUGGCCAGAAAGAGUUUGGCUGCUGUGGUGCUGUGUCGUACGGGGAUUGGUCCAAAAAUAUGUACUUCAACUGCACUCCGAGCAAUCCCAGUCGAGAACGCUGCUCUGUGCCCUUCUCCUGUUGCAUCAUCACCAAAGACAAGGUGAUCAACACCAUGUGCGGUCAGGGCAUGCAGGAGAUGGAGUACAUUAAAGCAGGUGACUACAUCUACACCAACGGCUGCAUAGACAAAGUGGUGGACUGGAUCCACAGCAACCUUUUCCUCCUUGGCGGCAUCGCCCUGGGACUGGCUAUCCCUCAGCUUGUUGGCAUCGUCCUGUCUCAGAUUCUCAUUAAUCAGAUUAAAGACCAGAUUGAGCUGCAGAACUACAAGUUCCUGCACCGCACGGACCCGUGGCGCUGAAAGCAUGGCGCACACUAGCAGGUGAUGCCACUUGUUGCUCGACGGGAUUAGUUGUAUGCAAUCCGGAAACAAAGUGGUCACUCGGAAACUGCAACCUCUGCCCCACACGGCACAGAAAGGACAUGGCGAGUCGGCCUGGAACUGGAAGUCAGAUAGUUGAUGAAAUGUUUGCAAAAAUGUAUUUGUUGUUUUCGCUGAUGUAUUAUUAUUCUUCCAUGUGGUUUUUUGUCCUCUGUACAGACCACAUUUUUCAUUUAACUUAUCCCGUUCCAACAUCAAAAUGUUGGCCCAUUCAGGACACGCAGGUUUCUUAAACACAAUUUCCUAAAAUUCCCAGAAUUCCCAUGUUUUCCGAGACAUUUUUCCAAUUGAAAAUGAAUGGGCCGUUUUUCAAACUUGCUCAAUUCCCACAUUUCCCAACAGACUCAAACCGAUCCACACUCCACUCAGCAAUGACAUUUAAACCAACAAAUCCUUCUAAAAAUUCCCUGUUUUUUUACCUAGAAUCCCCACUUUAAAAUGCCACAGUUUUUACCUUCAUUGCUUUCGAUGACUCCUCCCACAUUUUACAAUGGAUUUCAACAGCUCCACCAUCAAAAUAUUCCUCUUAGUUGGGACAGCUAUGAUCAUUAUUUUCGAAACACUUAUUCUCUAUUAAGAAUUUCUCGACCGAUUAGGAAAAUUCCAACACCAACCCAUCCUGUUUACUUACACAGGACAUGUGUGCAAUGUCCCAAAUUCCAAAUACACUAUAUUGCCAAAAAUAUUUGGCCACCCAUCCAAAUGAUCAGAAUCAGGUGUCUAAAAUCAAGCACUUAGGCAUGGAGACUGUUUCUACAAACAUUUGGGAAAGAAUGGGCCGCGCUCAGUGAUUUCCAGCAUGGAACUGUCAUAGGAUGCCACCUGUGCAACAAAUCCAGUUGUGAAAUUUCCUCUAAAUAUUCCAUAGUCAACUGUCGGCUUUAAUAAAGGAAAAUGGAAGAGUUUAGGAACAGCAGCAACUCAGCCACGAAGAGGAGUUUGAAAUUUGGUGGAGGAGGAAUUAUGGUGUGGGGUUGUUUUUUAGGAGUUGAGCUUGGCCCCUUAGUCCCAGUGAAAGGAACUUUGAAUGUUCCAGGAUACUAAAACACUUUGGACAAUUCCAUGUUCCCAACCUUGUGGGAACAGUUUGGAGCGGGCCCCUUCCUCUUCCAACAUGGCUGUGCACCAAGCAAGGUCCAUAAAGACAUGGAUGACAGAGUCUGGUGUGGAUGAACUUGACUGACCUGCACAGAGUCCUGACCUGAACCCGAUCGAACACAUUUUGGAUGUAUUAGAACAGAAACUGAGAGCCAGGCCUUCCCGACCAACAUCAGUGUGUGACCUCACCAAUGCGCUUUUGGAAGAAUGGUCUAAAAUCCCUAUAAACACACUCCGCAACCUUGUGGACAGCCUUCCCAGAAGAGUUGAACCUGUAAUAGCUGCAAAAGGUGGACCGACAGCAUAUUGAACCCUAUGGGUUAGGAAUGGGAUUGCAAAUGUGAGUCAAGGCAGGUGGCCAAAUAUUUUUGGCAAUAUAGUGUAUGUCUCCGGUUUUCCCAACAGUCCCAAAUUCCAAGGAAAUUCCCAUUCAAAUGAGUGGGAUUGUUUUCCUGUGACACAUGCUUACUAUUAGCAUGCUAACAUUAGUAUAGUAACUUUUUUAGCUAAUUUUGCAGCCGUACGUCUCAGUCAUAAUACUUGACACAUGUUAGCUUGUUUAGCUAAUUGUGCAGCCGUACACCUCAGAGUCAUACAACCUGGUACUUGACACACUUAACAUUAGCAUGCUAACUUUUUUAGCCAAUUGUGCAGCCGUAUACCUCAAAGCCAUGAAACCUGACAUUAGACACAUGCUAACAUUAACAUGCUAAACUUUUUACGCCAGAAUUUUUUCCUAAAUUUAUACGUUUUGUCUUAGUAAUCACGGAGUAUGUUACUUGGCGCCUUCUUGAAAGUAUGCUAAAACUCAUGUUAGCAUGCUGACCAUAUCAUGUUAAUGUUAGCAUUCUGACGCUUUGUUUGCAUUUCAGCCAGUUAUGCAUGUAUGUUUUAUAACUGUUACCCUGUUAGCAUGCUAAAUUCGGCAUGUUUACAUUUUAUGCUAGUAUUAUAGCCAAAUGUUUAUGUUUGUAGCUAAAAAUCUCCAAUUUCUUUACUUGUGACUCUCUUGGAAGUUUGUCAACUUUUUUAAUGUAAGCAUGCUAAACUUUUUUAUAGCUAAUUCUACACCUCAGAGUCAUAUUGAAUAUUCGUCUAUAAUAUUACAGCACACAAUUGACAAUUCCAUAUUUGGAAUAAGUUAAAAUCAAUUUAAAGUCCACCAGCUUUUCAGUUCCAUCGGCAAUUCAGUUCAGCUUCAGCAUUGGAAAAUUCACAUGCAGUUUCUAAUUUAUUUUUUCCCCCCACUACACCACUAUCUGCUGAAUAUGGUGGAAAUAUACGUUCUGGUUGCUUUGAAAGAUAUUAGAAUUACUCUUGCAUACUUUUUACAAGAAAUUGUCGAGUUUUACAUACUUGUUGAUCUUUAUUUGACAUUGAAAAACAAAGCAUUUUGGGUACAAUUUGGGUGCAAUUUCCAAUUGUAUUAAAUGAGUUUGGUUAAA